AUGGCAUCCCCGAACCCCCAAUCGGUAGCCGCAAGCACCAACAAUAAUCUCUUCCAAUGCGGGACGUGCUCGCAGUCGUUCACCCGCAUCGACCACCUUGGGCGCCACAUACGCACGAGAAACCAUACCGCUGUUCAGUGUGCAACAAGCGAUUCGGUCGCGUGUGAGGGCACUGGCAGAGUUGUUGAGUCUAUCGCUAACAGGAUUAGUGACCUCCUCUCGCGACACUCGGCCCUCCACAACCCGCGGAGAGACACCACUGCCCCGAAGCGGCGACGCAAUGGGGUCAAUGUCGCACCCUCACGAGCAUCCAAGGCAUGCGAAGCUUGUGCUGUAGAUCACCUACGCUGUGACGAUGAGAAACCCUGUCGUCGGUGCCAGAGGAGAGCGAUCCCUUGCACUUUGCCGGGUAGUCCCGUCCAUCAAAUCGCCCAAGCCCCUGUUGCAGGACCAGGUGAUGAUGGCCCGGUUGAGACAAACGGACUUCAAGAUGCCGGGUUGCAGGUGAUUGUCGACGCACAGCAGCCAUUGGACCAGCAGGAUGUCGGUGCAUCUAGUAUACAACCCCCUCCAAAUACUUGCAUGCUGUUACCCGACGUAGACGAAUCACUGCAGUACGAGUAUCCCGUGUCUCGCGGAGAACUAGUUAGCUUUGGCUUAGAGACGAACCUCGACCUCAGUGUGCUGGAUUUGAGCUUCCUCGAGUCUUACAACACACGGGCCCCUUUUGAGUACGAAGCGGCCACAGUAUCAACAACGGAACCCUUACUGGAUGCCACCGAAGGCGGCGCCACGGAGACGGAGCAAGCAGCGAAGGAAGAGCGUUUAACCCAGCGCAUACGAUGGCGCUUUGUCCCCGUUGCACGGGAUAAUGGAUACGCGGAACACGGUAACCUAUUGCUCAGUGGCCAGAAUGGCCACAAUGCCACGCCGCAAAGUCUCCUAAACGUCCAACCCUGUCCAGACUCGGAUUAUGGGGAUUGCGUUACCCUGGCAUCGCGAGACAAAAUACUCAGCAUAGUUCUGGGCCAGAUGCCGAAGCCGUUCCUCCUCAACGCCGCCUCCUUCCCGUCACCCGAGCUUCUUGAUCGGCUUGCCCGAUAUUAUCUCUCAGCGCCGUUUGCGAGCCCCAAUGAAUGGAUACACAGGGGUACAUUUUCAGUUAAAGCAUGUCGUUCUGAGCUGCUAUUAGCAAUGGCUGCUGCGGGCGCACUUCUCACCCCCGAUUCAGCGUUGCGGAAACUAGGGUUCGCUAUGCAGGAGGUCCUACGGCAUCAGCUGCCGGCGGUCUACGAGAGUGACAAUACCAUGAUUAAGGAUCUCGAAUUGCAGCAAGCCUUUUUGAUCCACCUCGAAAUCGGCCUGUGGAGCGGUAAUAGUCGCAAGAUGGAGUUGUGUGAGAGCAAACGGCAUACCCUCAUUACCAUCAUCCGCCGACGGGGCUUGUUCAAUGCAGCCAGGUACCCGCGAAUUUCAGUGCAUCCGAACGACUCAGGUCAGAGCUUGGAGAGCAAUUGGAAGCGUUGGGUACGCGCUGAGUCUAAUAAGCGGCUGGUGUAUCGGCUAUGGAAGCACGAUACGCAGUGCUCGACGGUGCUUCUUACUGGGCCGCUCAUAUCCUACGCUGAGCUAUCCCUCCCGCUCCCUUCUUGUCCGACGUUGUGGAAUGCACUCAACGCGGAACAAUGGCGAGAUAUUCUCUGUCUCCAUGAGUCCGAGGCUCAGCCUAGUCUCCGUACAAGGUCAUUGAUGGGAUGCGUUAUGAACAUGGACCUCCUGGAAAGUCAUCAAGCAACAAUCGACAUGAACCUCUCCUGCACGGCCGUCCUCCAGGCGUUGUGGGGUCUGAGCUGGGAAUAUCGGCAGAUGAGCUUGCUGACUAGUACUGCAAGUACUUGCACGCCCCCACGAUCAUGGUCCGCCGGGCUGCUCAUGGUAUCCCGCUACCAGCAGCUGACCGAGAUGCUCAACUACUUCAAAGUUGCGUACGGGAACGAGACAUCGCUCUUUUGGAAUACCACGCUGAUGCACUUACACAUGUCCCUUGAAGAGGUGCAGCUCCUAGCCACGGGCCUCGAGCAGUUAGAUACUCUAGGCCAGAUCCCACCUACAAUAGCGGCGUGGUCUGCUAACAAAGACGGUCGAACUGCCGUAUGGCACGCGGCGCAAAUUGUCCGAGAGGCUCGGGGUUCUCGCCCACAAUGCUUACGCGACUUUGCAGCUGUUGCACUGUAUCAAGCGACGCUAGCACUAUGGGCGUAUGGUAUGGCCAUAGGGAGCCUUGCCAACAUUUCCACGGCUCAGGAAUCGAUCUGGAUCGACAGUGAGGAGACCGAGCAUAUUCAGCGCUUCAUCUCCCUUGGGAGGGGUCGACCAAUGCUACAUGGCUGGUCGCCCCAGGGGGGCUUUGUGGACCUGUGGGAUCCCACAGCGGUGCUCACCAUGGCUAUACAACUCAUGCAUUAUAAUCAUAGUGGCCCGGAUACAUGUGAGCCUCCGUUGGUGGAAUGUCUUAUACACGCCCUGCAGAAAUUACUCGAGGUAACUGCGUGA